CCAACGGCGUGAACAGUAUAGUGGCGACUGUGUGUGACUGUCUGCACUCAUUUUGCUCAUGACAACAGCCAUUUUGAAGCUGUUUUUUACGGCAGUUAUUGUCAGUGUGUCUGCGCCCUGCGCGUCAGAUUCGUUUCCUAUCGAGUGUCCACCGUGCAUCAAGAGCGCCGGGUCGGACGUCUGUGUGUGCAAAUUGGAAAGAUUGGAGUAUAAGGAGGGAGAGACGAUGGUGCUGAGUGAAUACGACGAACGGAAUUCGUUGCGCAGCGAAAUUGAGUGCGCGUGCGCAGGCGAGGAACAGCGCGUGGACAGGAAAAACAUGAGUAGCGUCGGCGGAGAUGAUCACAUCCGUCAUCGACGUCAAGAACGUCCUUCUUGUAAAUCAAGUCGUACCAAGGUGACUAUUGGGAAUGAUGGCAGUCCUGGAAGAACUGAAAGAAAAGCGGACAUAUGCUUUGUAGUAGACGAAUCAGGCUCAAUGUGGCAAGAACAUGAUUGGCUUAAUGACACUAUCCAUCAACUAGAUACAAUUCUGACAAUUCAAAACGGAAUAAAAGUUCGUUAUUGUCUUGUUGGUUAUGGCACAACAGAGCAUCUACUUGGAGAAUUCCUUGUCACUGAAGGCAAUGCAAGUGCAAUCAGAGCUGUCAUAGAAACGCUCCAGGAGACUGGACAACAAGAGGAUGGAUACAGUGCCAUGUAUAAAGUGUUCAAGAAUAACGGGAACUUUACAUUUGAUCCCGAUGCUAAAAAGGUUAUCAUAUUAGUUACAGAUGAGAAUCGGGAUGACCUCGAUGAAAUGUUGAAUGUUGACCUUAAUUAUAUGACCAUGCUACAAUAUUUCAGAAAUAAUAAUGUUACUCUGAACGUUGUGGUCAAUCAGCUUUUCAAAGACAAAAACAACACCAUCAACACUUUGGCAGACGAAGAGGAGUAUGUGCUAGGCAUGAAUUACAAGAAUCAAUCAUAUUCACAGAAACUCGGAUGUUUAACAUCUCCUUGCUACAAAGUGGGUGACCCAUGGGCAGCAUAUGCUGUAAAGGAUGGUGGGCAUGAAAGUACUUCACAAGACUAUGUUAGGUUGGCAUUAGCAACAAAUGGAUCAGCUUGGGAUCUGAACCAACUGAGAGAUGCUUCUGAUGCACAAGUGGAAGCCUUCACAGAUGCAUUUGUUAAUGUGAAAGUUAAAGAAAUAGUUGUAUGUAGAGUGUGUGAAUGUCCAGAUCCAUUCGGAGAGCCCGUCUGUACAUUGGAUGAAACACUACCACUAGAACAAUGUGUCACAGCUAAAGAAUGCAGUAUUAAUGGAAAGAAGGUGCCAGAAGGUGGGUACGUUUUCAAGACAUUUAUCCCAGAAAGCAGUGGAUCAUUUCCAAGUGUUGCAGCUGUUGAUAUUAUUUUUGUAAUUGAUGAAAGUGGGUCAAUGGAAAGUGAUCACGAUUGGUUGAACAACUACUUUAUUAAACGAACUGACCAAUUCCUUAAGCAACACUAUCAGAUUGGAAUGUCCCCAUCCCCACCAAACAAAUUUGGAUUGUUAGUGUUUGCAAGCCAUGAUCGAAAACCAGACAAUAUGGGAAAGGUGCUUGUGACAAGUGUUACGGCUGAAGACUUUCCCAAUGUUGAGUUACAUCGCAAUGGAAAGACAGAGGAUGGAUAUGAGGCAAUUAAAUUAGCAGCUGACUACUUGCGCCAACCCAAACGAUCACCAUCUCCUGUUCCAGAACCUCGUGUUCUGAAGUUGAUAGUUUUGGUAACAGAUGAAGAUAGGGAUAAUGUAAAAAAAACUCUCACUAAAGAAACAUUGAAAAAACACUUAGAUGAUAAUAACAUUUGCCUUGAUGUGGUGGUUACUAACUCAUUUGAGCUAGAGGAUGGCAGGGAAGCAAUAGGUGUUGGAACGUCUCGUGAUAAGUAUCCAGCAUUUGUUCUUCGCCAUGGUGAUGACCCAUUGCCAAAAAAUGGACGUAGCGUGAUAGAAAGUGGACAUGUUAAGACUUUUGAUGACUAUGUGAAGUUAGCAUGGGAUCGCAAUGGAGUAGCAUGGGACAUCAAUGUGGUGAAAACACUUACAGCGGACUCAGACGAUAAAGAUUUUGGAAUGGACUUUACAAAGUAUUUCAGCAAGAGGAUUCGUGAUGUCCAAUGCGGUUUGCGAAACACUGAACCUCCUAGGUGUUCUUGGUCCUCGUGUCGAUCAGCUUUCCCAAUGGUAGUAUGUGAUGGACAUAUAGACGAUAACUACAACAUUACAAAAGAACAGUGUAUGAGCGGUGUCACCAAUUAUCAGGAGCACGAAGAUUGUCCAUCACCUCUUGGGGAACCUCAGCCAGACGUUCCCGAUAGCCAGAGAAAGAGUUUACCAACUGAUCAGACAUCAGCCAUUUCAAAUCGCAACACACACUGGAGCAAGGUUUGUGCAAAAGGAGCAGUUGAAUUGUCCUCAACAUCGAAACUGAGUUUCUCCAACGAAACUUUCCAAAGAUCUAAGAAACACGUGGUGACAUUCUGCUUCAGAACAUCAGAUUCUGAUGGCGUUUUGCUAUGGAUAAAACAGAGGCUACCAGAACCAGCACACAUUCUCAUUCAAGUAGUGAGUGGAAGAGUUCAAGCAAGGGUCAACUUGGGUGCUGGAAGUAAAGUUUUAACACAUAAUCUGGUGGUUAGUGACAGCCAAUGGCAUAAAAUUAUGUUCAGGAGGAAAGGCAACAGAAUAGAGCUUCGAUUGGAUGGCAAUAGGAGGCCUAAAUUAAUUGCCGGUGAAAACUAUGACCAAACCCUAACAUUCAGAGCCAACAACAAGUGGUACCUUGGUAUGGCCAACAGUAAUGACAUUAAUGAUGUUGCUGUUCCGCUAACCGGCUGUAUCAGCAAAGUGAAAGUGAACAAGAAAAAGGUUGAGCUAGAGGCUGAUGCCAUCGAGAAAGUUGAUGUUUUCCCCUGUGAAUAAUCCCAUGUCAGUUUCCGUAAUAUGAAACAUUGUUGGGUAACUACAGUAGCUUGCUUGUGAUAGUGCAUUUGUAUGUUAUAGUUUUGUUGUUGUCUGGUUUGAUAUUACAGUGUAACGUGUUUGGUUUGUA